CAGUACUCUGAAACGCGUGAAACGACAAAAAUAUUGAACACUAGUAUACAUUUGUCAAUAAUUGUUUUUCGAUAUUUUCUUUAAUCGUGUUUUGUGGUUACGUAAUCUUUGCAUCAAUGUAAGAAAAUCACGAUUUUGUACCUGCGUGCUUACAACAACACAAGUUUAAACUACACGCCAGGAACAAUACAAAAAUGAAACUUUUCUAUGUGAUAGUGAUCUAUGCGUUUUUAAAUGUUGUGGCAAAUGGUGAAAAUGUAGAAGAUAGAAAGAACCUUGAAACUACAAACGAACUCAUUCGCACAAUGGUUCUUAGAAUGACCGCGUGGAUCAACAUAAAAAAUUUUGCUUGGCAACAAAGAUUAUCGAUGAAGCAUUUGUCUUUUAUGUUUGCGAUACCUGAACAAGAUUGCGAUAACAACUCCUUUCUCCAGUACAUGAUGGAGCUUUAUCUGCAACAAAAAAUAAUCGAACACUUAGGCCAUUUUGCCGUUAAGCAUACACCUGUUGUUAAAGGUCUUGACAGUAUGGAUGACCUGGGAGCUAAGCGAAGAGUUCUGUUGCUUAAACCAUUAGGCGAUUUAAUAACGAAUAUUAUAAAUCAACCAAAGAACCAUCAUGUUGAAUUUAUCCACAUAUGUCGAAUCAUAGGAUUGUUCAUGAGUGUACAAUAUCCAAAAGAAUACGCAACAAAUGCUGCUAUUUCACUCGACCAUACUUGUGUUAUAAGUCAUGGAGAGACAGUCAUCAAGUCAUGCAAAUACGUUGGGACUAAUUUACAUAAUGUAGAUAACGAAAACCAUAUGUCGGUAGGGAAAAGCAUAACUCUUGAGUUAUAAUAUAUAAUUUAAAUAAAUCAUUUCUAUACUCUCGGGUUUAGUUUAAUAAAUAAUACAUAAAAUAUGAAGUACUUAUGUUAUUAUAUUUCUUAAAUAUUUUUUG